AUGGCGGAGAAUCAUGAAGAUUCAGUCAUGGAGUCGCCGGCUUCCGUUGACUGCGCUAUCAAACAAGUCGACUUGACAGUGCCCAAAGCGAUGAUCCCAACAUGCCGGACUGAACCAUUAACGAUUAGCUCAAUAUCAGCUCAGAUUGCUGUCGUGCCACUGGGGCACUUAAUGGCGAGAACCCUUAUGAAUCGCGUUUUCUUGAAGGGUUCUUGGAGGGAAUUUUCCAUGAAUCCGGGGCCGUUUAAUAUCAAAGAGCAUGUUUUGAUUACCAUCUUUGCAAAUGCCGGUGCCGGAACUGUUUAUGCCACUCAUAUAUUAAGUGCUGUCAAGCUUUACUACAAGAGGAGACUCACGUUUAUCCCUGCCUUUCUUGUUAUGCUUACCACACAGGUGUUAGGCUUCGGUUGGGAAGGGCUCUUCCGGAAAUAUCUGGUUGAGCCAGGAGAGAUGUGGUGGCCGAGAUUACAAGGACUUGGAAUUGGCUCCUUAGGAUUUGACUGGUCUACAAUUUCAUCAUACCUUGGGAGUCCUCUAGCCAGCCCAUGGUUUGCCACUGCAAAUGUUGCCAUUGGAUUCUUCCUUGUAUUGUAUGUGAUGACACCACUCAGUUACUGGUUUAACGUCUACAAUAGCAAGAACUUCCCAAUAUUUUCCGAAGAUCUUUUCAUGGUAGAUGGUUCAAAGUACAACACUUCAAGCAUCAUCAAUUCCAAUUUCCAUCUUGAUAAGGCUGCUUAUGCAAAAUCUGGGCAUCUAUAUUUGUGCACCUUCUUUGCUAUGACAUAUGGCAUUGGAUUUGCUACACUUUCUGCAACUCUAGUCCAUGUCCUACUCUUUAAUGGAAGUGAUUUGUGGAAGCAAACCAGAAGGGUCUUUGGAGCGACCAUUAUGUUUGCUUGUGAGUAUUACAAUGACAUACUUCAAUUGCCUUGGUGGGGUGUCUUGCUAGCUUGUGGCAUUGCCCUGUUUUUCACCCUUCCAGUCGGUAUCAUCGCUGCCACAACAAACCAGUCACCAGGUCUAAAUAUCAUCACAGAGUAUAUAAUUGGGUACAUGUACCCCGGGCGCCCGGUUGCUAACAUGUGCUUUAAGGUGUAUGGAUACAUCAGCAUGAUUCAAGCUCUAACAUUUUUGUCAGACUUCAAGCUUGGUCACUACAUGAAGAUUCCGCCCAGAGCAAUGUUCAUGGCUCAGUGUCCGAUGGACCAUGUGUUUUAUGACGCCUCUGUUAUUUGGGGGCUGGUUGGGCCUCGCAGAAUCUUUGGAGCCCUCGAUGUCUACUCCAAUGUGAACUGGUUCUUUCUCGGUGGAGCCAUUGCCCCUCUCCUAGUCUGGUUGGCACACAAAACAUUUCCACAGAAGCAAUGGAUACGCCUCAUCCAUAUGCCAGUCUUGUUAGGUGCUACAGCAAUGAUGCCUCCCGCUUCUGCUGUGAACUACACCAGUUGGAUUAUUGUGGCGUUCCUGUCAGGCUAUGUUGUUUUCAGGCACCGACCAACAUGGUUGGAGCGCUACAACUAUGUCCUUUCGGGUGGUCUUGAUGCUGGAACUGCCUUCAUGACUGUGCUAAUGUUCAUUGCCCUGCAAUCAAGGAACAUCCAGCUUAAUUGGCGGGGAAACGAUGUAGAAGGGUGUCCCCUGGCUUCUUGUCCAACUGCCAAAGGGAUUUCAGCUGAUGGCGGUCCAGCUUUUAGCUAGAAUCUUUAGCUCAGCUAUAAUUUUUCGUUUUAAACUUUGAUUGUUAAUAGAUUUUCCAUGGAUUCUACUCUUAUAGAUCAUAAAUUGAAUCACUUACCCAUUUUUUUUACUUACUGGGAAAAAAAAUCAUGAAUUGAAUGAGUGUCUAUCACAUUCCUAAUGUUUGAUCUAUGUAGCUAAUAGUUUAGCUUGCUGAAAAUUGUCUUGGAGCUAUUCGACGCCAUUGUAACUUGUUUUUUGACUCUCUAAAGUGCAUGUAAUAG